GGGAGUGAGGCCGCAGUGACAGCGGCGGGCGCUCGGACCCAGGCUGCCCCCGCCGCGCCCGCGGGCCCGCAUUCCGCGCUCCGGCAUGGCAGCCCCUGUGGGCCGGCGUGGCUCAGGCAGCGGGCGGGGCUGCCCCGCUUCCGGGCGUCAUUCGGAACCUGAGUUCUGAUUGCUCAACUUUCCUGGAACGGAGACAGCUGGCACCAGCUAUUGCAACUCGCAUGUGAGACCCCCGCUUCCUUUUCUGAAGAGAGGCAGCUGCAGUCAGGCGGGGAGCUAGAGGCAUUGCCUUCUUGAAUCCAGGUUGUGGGUGCCCAGCUUGCGGCCCCUUCAGAGGUCACCUCUCCUCCGGGAAUCUGGAGACACCUCAGAAGUGUCGAGGCUGGUAGGGUCUGGCAUGAGUGAGCAGUGAUCCUAGCUAGGGAGGGAGGCAGGGGCUGCCCUUUGUCUUCUCUUCUAAAUAACUUGUAAACAAGACCAUCCCGGUUACAAAGGGAGGAGCUUGGAACCGCAGGUUCUGACAGCACCCACAAUUAUGCUGAUAACUUUUGGGCUGGAGGUGUAACUCAGUGGUAGAGCGAUUGCUUAGCAUGUGCAGGGCCCUGAGUUCCAUCCCCAGAACCAUCACCAUAAGUUUAAAAAAAAAAAAAAAAGUCUAUCCUGACAGCGUUGUCAGGCCCUGGAAGGAAAGAAUUGAAAGAAGCAAGGUUCUCCCAGUGGAGGUGGUGGGGGCGUGUCAGGGACAGUUCUGGGCUACUGUGACUGACUGUGACCCCAGCACUUACUGAAGCCUUGGGUCUCUGGCUUAGGCUCAAACAAAAUAAGCAGUGAUUGGAACAUAUUCUGUUUGCUGAAGAAUUUUUGAGGUCUUUACCUGCUUUGAUUGGCUGAAUUCUCAGAGUAACUUCAGAAUCUCAGCCUUAGGGGUGGAUGGUUUUAACAUACACUUAUCAGAUGAGAGCUAGGGAGGUGCCCUGGGUCUGGGACUUAGCCCUAGGGCUGUGUGAUUUCCAGGGCCUGGUGCCCUUAAGGAGGAUGAAGUGACUCAUCUGCAAAUAUGUUCUGUUAUUGUCAGUGUUAUUGUCAAGUAGUCCUUUCCCAGACUUGUGGCUUAUGAGGGUAUCAGCAUGAUGGGCAGGUUGUGAUGAGUGGGAAGGUCAUCCUUUGGGUAUUUCUUCAGAAAAAGGUGGAAUGUGAGCCUGGAGGCUAGAAUUGGGAUAAGCCCAGGGGCCUUGUAUGGCCCCUGAGAAACCAGUGGAAGCAGUUCAUUUUCCCCACAAACUCACAACAGGAAUAUUGGUGGAUGGUUCCCAUAUUCACCAUGCCCCAGGCCCUGUGAUAAAGCUUUCUAAGCACCACGUCCUCAGCUUCCCUUUGAGAGAUGAUUUUUGCUCCAUUUUGCAGAUGAGUAAACUGAGACCAAGAAAGGCUAUGAGCGGCAGGGCUAGGAAUCAGGUCAAGCCCUUUCAAUUUCCAUACCCCAACUCAAAACCUCUGAGCAGGACCAUUGUAUAUAACCAUAAAAUGUUGCAGAUUUCCUGGUUUUUCUUUCUAUUUAAAAAUUGGUCCUUUUGCGUCAGUUAAAUUUUUGUGUGCGUGUGUAGUGCUGAGGAUCAAAUCCAGGGUCUUGCAUGUGCUACACAAGCUAGUGCUCUAUCACUGAGCCCUUUUUAAUUUUUUCUUGAGACAGGAGCUCACUAUGUAGUCCCAGACUGGCCUCGAACUCUCAAUCCCCUUGCCUCAGGCUCAUAGUGCUGAGAUUACAGAAGUGCACCAGCACAUCUGACUUGGUUUUUCUUAAGCCUGUCAGAGUUCUUCCUUGGCUAGAGCUUUUGCUGUUGGGGAAGGAGGCAGAGGGAACAGGUAGACCUGCCUGUGCCUGGUCCUCCACCGCCUUCUCCCAUCCCCAUAGAGACCGAGAGGCUCUUGACCUCCAAUCCUGGCUAUGGGACCCAGAUGGGGGCUUCACCAGUACCUCCGACCCUCCCAGAAGAGGAAGACCUCCGUCGCCGUCUCAAGUACUUUUUCAUGAGUCCCUGUGAUAAGUUCCGGGCCAAAGGCCGUAAGCCUUGCAAGCUGAUGCUGCAGGUGGUGAAGAUUCUGGUGGUCACUGUGCAGCUCAUCCUGUUUGGACUCAGCAACCAGCUGGUGGUAGCAUUCAGGGAAGAGAAUACUAUUGCCUUCCGACACCUCUUCCUGCUGGGCUACUCGGAUGGGGCCGACGACACCUUUGCGGCAUACACGAGGGAGCAGCUCUACCAGGCCAUCUUCUAUGCUGUGGACCAGUACCUGAUGCUGCCUGAGGUGUCGCUGGGCAGGUAUGCCUAUGUUCGGGGUGGGGGUGGCCCUUGGACCAACGGCUCGGCACUGGCUCUGUGCCAACGAUACUACCACCGUGGCCACGUUGACCCAGCCAACGACACCUUUGACAUUGACCCGAUGGUGGUCACUGACUGCAUCCAGGUGGAUCCCCCUGAGAGGCCCCCCGAGUCUCCCAGUGACGAUCUUGCCCUCUUGGAUGGCAGCUCCAGUUACAGGAACCUCACACUCAAAUUUCACAAGCUGAUCAACGUCACCAUCCACUUCCAGCUGAAGACCAUUAACCUCCAGAGCCUCAUUAACAAUGAGAUCCCUGACUGUUACACCUUCAGUGUCCUGAUCACGUUUGACAAUAAGGCGCACAGCGGGCGCAUUCCCAUCCGUCUGGAGACCCAGGCCCACAUCCAGGAGUGUAAGCACCCCAGUGUCUCCAGACAUGGAGACAACAGCUUCCGGCUGCUAUUUGACAUGGUGGUCAUCCUCACCUGCUCUCUGUCCUUCCUGCUGUGUGCCCGCUCACUGCUCCGAGGCUUCCUGCUGCAGAACGAGUUCGUCAGGUUCAUGUGGCGGCAGCGGGGACAGGAAAUAAGCCUGUGGGAACGGCUGGAAUUUGUCAAUGGCUGGUACAUCCUGCUGGUCACCAGCGACGUGCUCACAGUCUCCGGCACCAUCAUGAAGAUUGGCAUUGAGGCCAAGAACCUGGCGAGCUACGACGUUUGCAGCAUCCUCCUUGGCACCUCCACGUUGCUUGUCUGGGUUGGAGUCAUCCGCUACCUGACUUUCUUCCACAAGUACAACAUUCUCAUUGCCACACUGCGGGUGGCGCUGCCCAGUGUCAUGCGCUUCUGUUGCUGUGUGGCCGUCAUCUACCUGGGCUAUUGCUUCUGCGGCUGGAUCGUGUUGGGGCCCUACCACGUGAAGUUCCGCUCGCUAUCCAUGGUGUCUGAGUGCCUGUUCUCACUCAUCAACGGCGAUGACAUGUUUGUGACAUUUGCGGCCAUGCAGGCACAGCAGGGCCGCAGCAGCCUGGUGUGGCUCUUCUCCCAGCUCUACCUCUACUCCUUCAUCAGCCUCUUCAUCUACAUGGUCCUGAGCCUCUUCAUUGCGCUCAUCACUGGUGCCUACGACACCAUCAAGCACCCCGGUGGUGCAGGCGUGGAGAAGAGCGAACUCCAGGCCUACAUAGAGCAGUGUCUGGACAGCCCCACCUCCGGCAAGUUCCGCCGCGGGAGUGGAUCAGCCUGCAGCCUGCUCUGCUGCUGUGGAAGGGAUGCCUCGGAGGACCAUUCGCUGCUUGUGAACUGACUACUGCCCUGGACCUUAUCCCGCGGACUGCUGGGAACCCAGAUUAUUUAUUUUCAGAGUUUGCUUUUAAGGAUCGGCUCGCUGCCACGCCCCUUGAGGGCCUGGGACGGUGGGGUCGGAUACUUGAGGGGAGCGUAGGGUGGGUGUUAAAUAAACGGA